AUGGAUAGACACUUUUUGGCACCAGACAACUAUAUCUCGAGCUCUAGAGAUCGCUCUCCUGUUUCCGAUACAGCAUCACACUCGACAUACGCAAGCACCGAGCCAUCCAUGCAUCCAAACAUUUGCACUGAGAGUGGACUACCGCUGCUUUUAUCUGAUCAGUGCUUCGUUCAGUCGCCCACUAUGCAGCAGAAUCAUUUCCAACCGACCUCAUUCCACACACUCCCUUCCGAUGCAUCCAACUUCAUCCCAUACCAAGCCGACACAAUACACCAUGUCAGCGAAGAGGACACGGGAGGUCUAUACUUUCCAUACAUCACACAGCAAGGCAUCGAAUCCAUACCUUCUCUAUCCACAAACGACCACACCACUCCCUUCGACAUCUCGGCAAGCUGUCUACCCAUAAACCAAUGGAUACAGCAACCAACCUACCUCUACCAAACCGACUAUCAAAACACCACCGACGCAUCCUUCCACUCGCUCCCAGAAGAUCAACCAACCGCCUUCUCAACCUCACCCCCUUCAACCAUCAUCCACAACUCUCCCAUAACAAACUACCACUACCAUCAUCACAACCACCACAAACAAGAUCACCAACAACACCACACCCAAACCCAAACCACCCACCAAGCCCCCUCCCCCUCCCCCCAACCUCAACCCUCCCCAAACAUCUCAACCUACGGCCACCCCAACCCCGACGGAACCUGGCGCUGCGCCUACCCAGGCUGCACCUCGCAAACCACCUUCCGCCGCGCCUGCGACCUCCGCAAACACUUCACCCGCCACCGUAAACACCUCUUCUGUCGACACGUCGGCUGUCCACAGGCCAGCCGCGGCGGCUUCUCAAGUUCCAAGGACAGAGCCCGGCACGAGGCGAAACAUAACCCCGGCGUGCUGUGUGAAUGGGACGGCUGUGGGAGGAUAUUCAGUCGUGUUGAUAAUAUGAAGGAUCAUGUGCGGAGGAUUCAUAAGCGGGCUUCUGCUUGA